AUGAGUGGCAUUGUGAGAGCUCUAGGGUGGGAUCAGGAUGAGCGGCAGCGGUUCAUAGCAAUUCCUCCUCUCGGGGACGAAGUGAUUUUGUAUGAGACGUCUGACGAUCCCGAAAACCUCACUCGGGUCACAGCUCAUUCAGGCUUUGAAAACAUCCAGUGUUCCGCCUAUGCCCGGAACGACGUGGGAAAGACUGCCGUGGGCCAGAUAAAUGGGGUGGUAUGCAUAUUUGACCUCUGUGAGCCAAAACCAUCGAUUAUACGAUUGAAGCCAAAACAAAGCAGACAGUGUAAUUCGCUCUCUUUCAAUAUUAAUGGACUAUUGGCCACUGGAUUUGAUAAGGGACGUCAAGAUAACAGUCUCCAGAUCUGGGAUGUCAACAAGAGUGACCUGAACGAGAAAGAAUAUAGGCCUCUACACACAUACGUUCCUAACGAAGCGAUACUUUCCACGGUAUUUUUCCUGGAUUCAGAUUCAAGUCUUAUUUCGGGAAGUUAUAAGUUUCUCCGUCAAUUCGACCUCCGAAAUGACCAGCCGUCGUUCCAAAUAGCCACCAAGUGCACAUUAGGAUUAACUCCGGAUCUUCUUCAACCUCAUUACUUUCUGCUGUACGGAGACGAUGGUCUGGUUGCCGUGUGGGAUCGAAGAAGACUCACUUCCCAUGGCAUGAAACACAAGUCAUUGCUGACAACCAUGGUGUCUGAGCUGCCGGUGCUUCAGUUUCCAAAGCUUUUGUCGGAUGGUUCCAGAAAAACCCUGCCGUGUUUGAGAUACUCACCUGUUCGAAGUGGUGAAUUUUCACUGGUAUUUUCUGGCAAUCUCAUCCGUCGCUGGCAUACGGGAGUGGCUCCACAGUCAAAGGACACCGCUACCCAGGCCAGAAGAUUGAGUAGUGGUACCAGAAGCUCUGUGCUGAAUCUUAAACACCAAGCUGCCCAAUUAUACAAGCCCAAUAUGGAUUCGCUAUUUGUGUCUUUUGUGCUCGAUGUCAAGACCGAUUACGAGAGAGUUAUUCUGUUUGACUACUCUCCACAUCACGAUUUACCUUCGAGUAUCUAUUUUGCUUGUAUGAGACAGCUGGGAUCGGUUUUUCGAAUGCUGUCUCGCGAGUGCAUCGAUAGCUUAUCGUUCAACCUGUACAACGAAAUAACUAUGGCAGGGUCAGAAGGACUGGCUACACAGUUCUAUGAGCCCGUGGUCCAAGUCAAGCCAGGGAAAAGAAAGAAACACAGCACUUUUGACCCGCCCAGCAACAUUCAUGGAACCCGUCAAAUUUCGGCAUCUGAGUCUGAUCUUGAUUCAGAGUCGGACUCGGAGGCAACUUCUGAGGACGAAACGGAGUGGGAACCUACCCAGCAAGGCACAAGUAUGGGGUCUGUGCUCUCCAUUAAUGAGAUCUUAGACUUUGAUAUCUGCUCGUUAAUCCGCAAAAGAGCCAUUGCAGGCUACGGUCUUGAUCCAGAAACCAACGUUGAUGUUCUCGCGACACUUGGUGGAAUUGAUAAGCAGCAUUUUCUUCGCAAUACUUGGCGAUGGCUUACUCUUGCUCAAAAGUCUCUCACUAAAGGUACCAUGUUGUCUCAGGGACUAGAUCUUGGGUAUCAGGGAGUACUUGGAAUCUGGAAUGGAGCCCAGGAUCUUCGUGGACAACGGAGGUACGCUGGGGAAGUUGACGAAACUGUAUUUGCGCUGGCCGUGAAAGCUAUAGUUGCCGGUAAAGGCAAGAAAACCAGUGGGAUUUCCAUUGCUAGCAACUCGGAAAAAAGAGUUCAAAGAAAACUCUGCUUAAUUAUUUCGGGAUGGUACCUUGCGGACGAUGAACUCGACGACAAGCUCGACGAUUUAGUAGAACUUGGACAGUACGAAAAGGCAGCAGGAUGGGCAGUUUUCCACGGAAAGGUAAAUCGAGCCGUUGAAAUAUUGGCAUCUUCAAAGAAGGAACGUCUUCGACUAGUUUCAGCUGCUGUGGCUGGGUACUUGGCGUACAAGGAUAUCAAUGUGAACAGCCCAUGGAAAGACCAGUGUCGACGUAUGGCACUGGAAAUGGAUAAUCCGUACUUGCGAGCCAUCUUUGCGUUUGUAGCAGACAGCGACUGGAGCGAUGUGUUGGAUGAAAACUCGUUACCUUUGAGAGAAACGAUUGGGAGUUGCACUUCGGUAUCUUUCAGACAAAGAUCUCACGAUAUAUCUCAAUCGAAUUGCCGAUUAUGUUGUUGCUCGUGGAGAGCUUGA